CUCUUGAGGGCGCUGUUCAAAUAAUUUGUAAACAAAAACAAUUCCACCUGACCACACAGUGGAAAAGUAAAAUGUGUUAAAGAUCGCCAGUUUAUAGUGCAUCUUAAUUAGGAGUUGCAGUUGCUUCACUAUGUCAUUUGUGGAUGCAAUGAACAAUAAUGGCAAUAAUGGUGGUGACAAUCAUGACAGUGACAAUGACUCCGGGAUGGAAGCUGCUGAAGAUGACGACAUCGAAGACUCAGACCCAAACAUUACAGAAUUCAGAGAGUCUCCAAACUAUGCAUUGAGAAUAACCAGUCAGGAAUUUCAACAACAGACCAGAGACACAAGACAAGCAGUCAACAAUCUGGUUCAAAGUCAAGAUUAUCAGAUGUGGUUCAACAAAUGCUCCACCUGUCACAUCAGUUGGUACGAGGGGAGAUUCACCUACGGCUGUGAAGAGUGUGGAGGAUUUGCCCUGAAAAGACCCUGCCCAAUCUGCACUGGAAAAUGCCAGGCAAUCUGGACAAGAGAAACAGAAAUGAGCCACAAGAUGAGGUUGGCUCAUUGGGAUGGCGACUGCAGACUACCCAAGGAUGAGAAAAAAGUCUACUUCAUUCGAAAUUUUGUAGAAAGCAGCGACGAUGUCUUAACAGAUGCAAUGAAUGAUCUCUGCAGCAGUUGAUUCCUCUUUCUAGAUCCACCGAUUAGACUUGCCAAUAAUGUGCCAGAAUAUGCCCGUGCUUCCAUGCUCAUCGAUCAACUACUUCCUGUGAAGGUAGAAAGCCCCCUCCUGCUUAUAUUAUUAUGAGCAUGUUUGACAAAACAAUUUUCCAUUUUAUGGACAAUAAACAUUGAAUUGAAUAGUCUCAACCAACCUACAGAGCUAAUCCCAACAAGAUGGAAGCCUGCCACCUAUCAGCUUGCCUCUUGAACAAUCUGCAGACUGAAAGGGCUUAGCAAACACACGCCUUCAACUCUUCCUCCAUCCCCACUGACCAUCCAAACAUGCUCAGCAAUCGACCUGCAUGCUCAGCAAGCCCCGUCUUAACUAAUCUGCAGAGCACCAAGGAUAAGAAAGGUUGAAGCCCUCCUCCUGCCUGCUUGCAUCUCAAACAACCUGCAGAGGUUAAGCUCCUGAGUGUACCUCAAGGUUUACAACAGACCUGCAGACUGUGUGGUUUAGCAAACACAUCCCUGCAACUCUUCCUCCAUCUUCACCGACAAUCCAAUCAUGCUCAGCAAUCGACUUGCAAAACAAUCUGCAGGGUGCCAAGGUAAACUUAAGCCAAGAAGUCUUCCCCCAGGUUUGGAACUGACCUGUUGAAGCUGGAAGCCCUCAUUCUGCCCGCUUGCAUCUCAAACAUUCUGCGGAGAUUUAAGCCAACAAGCAUUCCCCUAGGUUUACAAAGUUUAUGUAGAUGCAGACUCUAAGGGUUCAGGAAACACACGCCGCAACUCUUCCUCUAUCCCCACCGACCAUCAAAACAUGCUCAGCAAUUUGUAACCUGUAAAGGUAGAAGUCCCCUCCUGCCUGCUUCUUAAAAGAAGUAAUAACAUCUAUUUUUCCUGUUAAACAUGUUAAAGGGAAGGUACACGUUUGGUAAUUAACAUCUUACGAGGGUAUAAUUAUUUUAAACAAAGAACUGUGCAUGAGUACUUAAGUAUUAACUUGGUAACGAGCAUUGGAGAGCAGUUGAUAGUAUACAACAUUGUGGAAAAGGACUCCCUCUGA